AUGUCGGAUAACAUAUCAGCCUUUAUUCAACAAGCUCCACCGGUCAGCAGAACCCUCGCCGGGGCAGCUUUCAUCCUCUCGUUUGCCUCUCAGGCACUGGGUCUGAUACACCCCAGAUUUCUUGUGUAUCAUGCGCCGUUGGUGUGGAAACUAUCAAGGCCUGAGCUAUGGCGGCCGUUGACUUCGUUCUUCCUGACGAGCCCCCAACUGGGAAUAAUUAUGGAUACAUUUUUUCUUUAUAGAUAUGCUAGCGACUGUGAAAGAACCAAAUUUACACGACCAGGCGACUUUCUAGUGUUUCUGAUAUUUUGCGGGUCGGUGAUAGUGGCUCUCAACUCCGCCUUCAUUGGCGGUAUGGUAUUCUGUCAAGCCCUCAUCCUAGCCCUCGCAUACUACUGGACCGCUCUCGAGGACAGUAGCAAAAAAGUCAGCUUCUUCAUCGCCACAUUCCCUGUCAAGUUCCUACCCCUUGUCAUGCUCGCCAUGACUUUCGUUCAGGCCGGCACUGGUGCAGCACUUGUUGAAGCAACUGGUCUUGUGGCGGCACAUCUUUACCUCUUCCUUACGGACAUUUACCCCAGACUCGGUGGUGGGCGAAACUUCAUCGUCACUCCAAACUGGAUACAUGCGCUUUUUGAUACUCCGGGCGAUAAUACUUCAGGACCAAGGCCGAGGGCCCCAACAGGCCCCUCUAUCAGGCCGGUGCCAACUGCACCGGGGACAGCUACCUCAGGUAGGGGGAUCUUUGCACCGGCCAAUAGUCAGUGGACACAUCGUGGACAGGGACACAGGCUUGGAAGUUAG